ACCAAUAAAAAUCGCUCAAAACAACUGAAACCCAAACGGUCGUCCAGAACGAUUAGCUUGUCAUGUCAUAACGACAAUAUAUUGUUCAUUUUUACUUAAUUUUUACAUAAAGUCAGGUUUAUUGGUGUGUAUUUUAACUACUAUUGAGUAAUAUGGCACCAAGUAAAACCACCCUGAGGUCUUUGGACGGCGUAAAUAAGAUUUCCACUAGGAGUCGAGCGGGUCUAGGUCUUCCAGAAAAUGUCAACAAAGGUCUUGUCAAAAUUGAUAAAAUCAUUAGGGGAAAACGUAAGGCCGAAGGCUCUCCUUCAAAAGAAAAGGCUGUAAAAAGAACAGCCUUGGGUGACGUGACUUGUACAUUUAAUAGUUAUACUAAUAAUACAGCCCAGAAACCUACCGACGCAAAGAUUAUUAGAGUGAGGAAAAUUACUGUGCAAUCAUCCAAAGUACUUCAAUCGAUGAAAACAGUGCAGAAGCCUAUACAAAAUGAAAAUUUGGCACCACCACCUGCACCAGGCGGCAAUAAGGUUGUAACCCGAGCAACUAUAAAACAUAUACAUAUACAUUGUCCGAACCAAACUGCUGUAAAACCUAAAGAAGUGCCAAAAGAGAAUGUCGUGGGCAUCGGUGCAACUACCAAAAAAAGACUGAGCAAUGAAUUUGAAAAAACCGAAGAAUCUCUUUAUAGUUCUGCUUUGGAAGAAAUCUCUAAUGAUUCCCCACAUUUUGAUUCUAAGAAACGUGCAACUAGAUUAUCAAAAGCAUCGGAUGACUCGUCUGAGCAACAAAGCAGUUCAUCCACGCCAAAUCUUUCCUUUGUUGCUGAUCAGUUGCAAUUGAAGCUUAACUUAGGCAGUCACGAAGUUCCUGAAGGUGUGGUAAACUAUGAUAAAGAAAAUUGGGAUGAUAUUUAUCAAGUAUCCCAUUAUGCUAUGGACAUUUUCAAUUAUUACAAGGAGAAAGAAAAAGAUUUUCCAAUUGGGGAUUAUAUGGACAGACAAGUUUGUCUAACAAAAUGGAUGAGGUCACUAUUAGUUGAUUGGAUGGUGGAAAUCCAGGAAAGCUUUGAACUUAACCAUGAGACAUUGUACUUGGGAGUUAAGCUGGUCGAUAUGUUUUUAGACAGAGUCACUGUCUCGAAGGAAACAUUACAGUUAGUAGGUGCAGCAGCAAUGUUUGUAGCCAGCAAGUUUGACGAAAGAAUACCACCAAUGAUUGAUGAUUUCUUGUACAUUUGUGAUGGAGCAUAUAAUAGAAGAGAAAUGAUUAGAAUGGAAACAAAUCUCUUAAAGAUUAUUGGCUUCAACUUGGGUAUCCCAAUUAGUUACCGAUUUUUACGAAGAUAUGCAAGAUGUGCCAAAGUGACAAUGCCUGUAUUGACUCUGGCCAGAUAUAUUCUCGAAUUUGCUCUAAUGGAUUAUGACACGAUUUCACUGAGAGAUUCUCUAUUGGCUGCAGCUUCUCUAUAUAUGGCACUUAAAAUGAAAAAAAUUAGCGACUGGACACCGACUCUAGAAUUCUACACUGGUUACAAGAAAGAGGAACUGAAAGACACAGUGUUUUUACUGAACCGAGGCAUUCACAAACCACCAAAAUCACAAAUAAUGACUAUAAGGAAUAAGUAUUCUCAUAGAAUAUUUUUCGAGGUGGCCAAAACGCCUCUUCUGUCAGACCAUCAACUCUUCUCCAGUUAACUUAUUAAUUCUAAGUUUACCAUUUAUUUAUAACUUUAAAAAUUGACAAAUUGGCCACAAACAUGUUUUUCUUUAUUUAUAUUUUAUUAUACAAUUCAGUGAAUUUAUUGAUAUAUCUUGAAGGUAAUUGGGAACGUUUGUAUUUUAUCUGUUUUAUUUAUACAAAUUUUAUCUUUUGAAUCUCUUCAAAAUAAAUCAAUUUGUUUUAAUCAUCACAAUUUUUUUUUAAAUGAUAAAUAUACUUAGAAAUCUAUUUUUAUCCAACUUUUUAAUCAAUUUUUUUUAUUAAAUUAACACAAAGUGUGUUUCGUAAUAGACAACAUGUUUGGUUAUUCCUUCUGUUGCAUUUUUUUUUGUAAAUCUAGAAUAUAUAGUACAAUCAAAUAAUAUACUCGUUUGUUAGUAAUUGCAUGAAGGUAGUUUUAAAUUUAAUAUUGCGCUAUUAUCAUUUGUUAAAACUCGAGAUAUUCAGUGUAGGUAAAGGCUUUAUUUAGUAUAGCUACAGGUUUACACAUUUUAUAUUAACUUUAAUAAAUUUAGUAGGACUAAUUUUAGGAUCAAUUUGUAAAUACCGUCUUUUUACACGCUUUUGGAUAUACUGAAUGCUCGAGUUAUAUUUCCUGUUAUAACACUUUGUGUUAAUAAAUUGGUAACACCAA